AUGAAUAAUGAUCCAUGCAUCACGAACCAAAAAAGAAAAAACCCCCUCACCCUACGAGAGGGCUUCUGGCUCCCCACCUUCCUCCUCAACUCCGCCGCCUCCUUCCCCCAAAACUUCCACGCCCGCGAGGACGACGUCGUCCUCACCUCCCCAAUCAAAACCGGCACCACCUGGCUCAUGGCCAUCUCCCACUCCCUUCUCCACAAACCCAAAUCCAAUGAUACCUACAAUGCCGAUGCCGAUGUCCUAACCAACAACCCUCAUUCCCUGGUCCCCACAGUCGAAUUCGAGCUGUGGUCCCCCACCACAAACGUCAACAUCUUCGACCCCACCCCCCUCCUCCACACCCACCUCCCCCUCCCCCUCCUCCCUGCCUCCGCGGCAAAAAUCGUCUACAUCGCGCGCAAUCCCAGGGACACCGUCAUCUCCAUGUGGCACUUCUUCAACGCCAUGAUCCAGCCACUGCCGCUGGAGAGGGCGGUGGAGUGCUUCUGCUCCGGGGCCCACCCCUUCGGCCCGUUUGCGGGCCACGUGGCGGAGUACUGGCUGGAGAGCAGGAGGCGGCCGGAGACGGUGCUGUUUGUGAAGUAUGAGGACAUGAAGAGGGACCCGAAGAUGGGGGUUUUGAGGAUUGCGGAGUUUCUCGGGAGGGCGGUGGCGGGGACGGGGGAGGUAGAGGAGAUUCUGUGGCGGUGCAGUUUGGAGAGGCUCAAGGGUUCGGAGGUGAAUGCGGCGGCGCAUUCGGCUUAUUUUAGGGAAGGGGAGGUCGGAGAUUGGAGGAAUUAUUUGACGGCGGAGAUGGAAGAGGGGAUUCAUCGGAGCGUGGGCGUUAAGCUCGAGGCACUGGGCCUCUUUUUCUAAAAGACGACGAAGUGCAGUUCAGUUUAU